AGGAUGCUUCAUCUCACCAAGCUCGAGCACACAUUUCUAGAAUUUUUUAAGCUUAUAAAGAUAAAAUCAGGAAGUAUGCAGACAAAGUAGCAACGGGAAAUUGUGGUGCUGUCAGAGGCUGAGAUCUUUUUCAGAUCAAGUACGUGAGAUCCCCGAGUGAUUUAUUUUCAGAACCAUUUAAUGGACGCAAACAAAUCAGGAGAUAAGGCCAGCAGAAAAAACAAUAACUCCUUGCUGGAUUGCAAUGGAAUAUUGCCAAUGGAAUCAAUGGAAGAUGAUGGACUUCUAUUAACAGAUCUCGACUAUGAGCUAGAUCACGGUUGGGGUAGCUUUUCAACCGGCAAUUUGUGGACUUCACACGACUUCUCUGCAGAGGCUUCGAUGUCAAGUCUUGAGGCCCUCACCAGCCAAAGCGCCUCUGAACUUGCUCAAUCACAGCAGGUUUUUCCGCCUUCUAACAAUACCUAUGUCUUCGGUUCGAAUCCCCAGCGGGGAAGAGAUAGUGGAGAUAUGGUCAAAGAUGGCUAUUUUUCUGAGGAAAUGGAGAAUUUGAACGAGGACGAUGAAGGUUCGGUUAGGUCAAGUCAGUCUGCUCGUUCUGCUGAAGGUAGGACUUUGAUCUCCGAGCGAAGGCGGCGUGGCAGGCUGAACGAAAGGCUCUAUGCUUUACGUGCUCUGGUUCCUAAAAUCACAAAGAUGGACAAGGCGUCGAUAGUAGGAGACGCCAUCAGCUAUGUGCAGGAUUUGCAGAAAGAAGUGGAGGACAUUCAGGCUGACAUCACACGGCUUGAAUCUGACAUCAUGGACAAAGAUUCUGUGUUUGGCGCCGGAAAUUUAGUGAUGACUGAUGCUGAUCUUCAGAUUCCCUCACACGAAAAGGGCAGCAUAAGUAGCUACGUGCACAAACCAGGCCGGAAAAUAAUUCUCGAAGUGGAUGUUUCAAAGGUUGAGGAGAGGACAUUUCAUAUACGCAUUUACUGCGAAAAAAGGUCGGGUGUUUUAAUUGAACUGACGAGAGCCCUUGAAUCUCUUCACCUCGAAUUUCAGAAUGUCAACCUUACAUCAUUUCACAGCCAGAUUAUCAAAACAGCCACUAUUAAGAUGAAUAAAUGUGACUCGGAGAUACAGAGUGAGACAGUGAAAAGAAUUAUUUUGGAAGCUGCAGCAAAACACGGUUUUGAAACAGCGGAAAACACAAGAAGUUCAUGAGCUUAAAAAUUCUCCCUCGAUUUGCUUCCGAUAGCUUACAAAAUAUAUCUUAAGUCGCCUGGAUAUUUUAAUCUCGAUGUUAAUCGAAACAAUAAUUAAAACUCACUGUGCACAUAAACUAGAUUGUCAAUAUGGAAGUCGACAGAUCAACAGGUCAAAUCCGUGUCAAUUGUUCACGCUGUUGUAAUAAUAUAUGUCGAGCUCAUUUACGCGACAACUGAGAAAGAAAAUAUUAAAAAUUCCUACAAA